AUGGAGGCCAGCGCCGGGCUGGUCGCCGGCUCGCACAACCGGAACGAGCUCGUCGUCAUCCGCCGCGAUGGCGAGCCAGGGCCGAAGCCGAUGAACCAGCAGAACGGGCAGGUGUGCCAGAUUUGCGGCGACGACGUGGGGCUCAACCCCGACGGCGAGCCCUUCGUCGCCUGCAACGAGUGCGCCUUCCCCAUCUGCCGGGACUGCUACGAGUACGAGCGCCGCGAGGGCACGCAGAACUGCCCGCAGUGCAAAACCCGCUUCAAGCGCCUCAAGGGGUGCGCGCGUGUCCCGGGGGAUGAGGAGGAGGACGGCGUCGACGACCUGGAGAACGAGUUCAACUGGACGGACAAGCACGACUCCCAGUAUGUCGCCGAGUCCAUGCUCCACGCCCACAUGAGCUACGGCCGCGGCGCCGACUUCGACGGCGUGCCGCAGCCCUUCCAGCCCAUCCCAAAUGUUCCCCUCCUCACCAACGGGCAGAUGGUCGAUGACAUCCCACCCGAACAGCACGCCCUGGUGCCGUCUUUCAUGGGUGGCGGCGGGAAGAGGAUUCACCCUCUUCCAUACGCGGAUCCAAACCUUCCUGUGCAACCAAGGUCUAUGGACCCAUCCAAGGAUCUCGCCGCAUAUGGCUACGGGAGUGUAGCAUGGAAGGAGAGGAUGGAGAGCUGGAAGCAGAAGCAGGAGAGGAUGCACCAGAUGAGGAACGACGGAGGCGGCAACGAUGAUGGUGAUGAUGCAGAUCUACCAUUAAUGGAUGAAGCUAGACAACCAUUGUCCAGAAAGAUUCCACUUCCUUCAAGCCAGAUCAACCCCUAUAGAAUGAUUAUCAUAAUUCGGCUAGUGGUUUUGGGUUUCUUCUUCCAUUAUCGAGUGAUGCAUCCGGUGCCUGAUGCAUUUGCUUUAUGGCUUAUAUCUGUCAUCUGUGAGAUAUGGUUUGCCAUGUCUUGGAUUCUUGAUCAGUUCCCAAAGUGGUUUCCUAUCGAGAGGGAAACCUAUCUUGACCGGUUGACUUUGAGGUUUGACAAGGAAGGGCAGCCUUCUCAACUCGCCCCAGUUGAUUUCUUUGUCAGUACAGUUGAUCCCUUGAAGGAACCUCCGUUGGUCACAGCAAAUACUGUUCUAUCUAUCCUGGCGGUGGAUUAUCCAGUUGAUAAGGUUUCAUGCUAUGUUUCUGAUGAUGGUGCUGCCAUGCUGACAUUUGAAGCAUUGUCUGAAACAUCUGAAUUUGCAAAGAAAUGGGUUCCUUUCUGCAAAAGGUACAGUAUUGAGCCUCGUGCUCCAGAAUGGUACUUCCAACAGAAGAUAGACUACCUGAGAGAUAAGGUGGCUCCAAACUUCGUUAGGGAACGGAGAGCAAUGAAGAGAGAGUAUGAGGAAUUCAAGGUCAGAAUCAAUGCCUUGGUUGCUAAAGCCCAAAAGGUUCCUGAGGAAGGAUGGACAAUGCAGGAUGGGACUCCAUGGCCUGGAAACAACGUUCGCGAUCAUCCUGGAAUGAUUCAGGUGUUCCUUGGUCAAAGUGGUGGCCAUGAUGUGGAAGGAAAUGAGCUGCCUCGAUUGGUUUACGUUUCAAGAGAAAAACGGCCAGGCUACAACCAUCAUAAGAAGGCUGGUGCUAUGAACGCAUUGGUCCGAGUCUCUGCUGUACUAACUAAUGCACCAUAUAUGCUGAACUUGGAUUGUGAUCACUACAUCAAUAACAGCAAGGCUAUUAAGGAAGCAAUGUGUUUUAUGAUGGAUCCUUUGCUAGGAAAGAAAGUUUGCUAUGUGCAGUUUCCUCAAAGGUUCGAUGGGAUUGAUCGUCAUGAUCGAUACGCCAACAGGAAUGUUGUCUUUUUCGAUAUCAACAUGAAAGGUUUGGAUGGUAUUCAAGGCCCCAUUUAUGUCGGUACUGGAUGCGUCUUCAGAAGGCAGGCCUUAUAUGGCUAUGAUGCCCCAAAAACAAAGAAGCCACCAUCAAGGACUUGCAACUGCUGGCCAAAGUGGUGCAUUUGCUGUUGCUGUUUUGGUAACAGGAAGACCAAGAAGAAGACGAAGACAUCAAAGCCUAAAUUUGAGAAGAUAAAGAAGCUUUUCAAGAAAAAAGAAAAUCAAGCCCCUGCGUAUGCUCUUGGUGAAAUUGACGAAGCUGCCCCAGGAGCUGAAAAUGAAAAGGCUAGUAUUGUAAAUCAACAGAAGUUAGAAAAGAAAUUUGGCCAGUCUUCAGUUUUUGUUGCUUCCACACUUCUUGAGAAUGGUGGUACCCUGAAGAGUGCCAGUCCAGCUUCUCUUCUAAAGGAAGCUAUACAUGUCAUCAGUUGCGGCUAUGAGGACAAGACAGACUGGGGGAAAGAUAUUGGUUGGAUAUAUGGAUCAGUUACAGAAGAUAUUCUUACUGGGUUUAAGAUGCACUGCCAUGGUUGGCGGUCAAUUUACUGCAUACCUAAACGGGCCGCCUUCAAAGGUUCUGCACCUCUCAAUCUUUCUGAUCGUCUUCACCAGGUUCUUCGGUGGGCUCUUGGUUCGAUUGAAAUUUUCUUCAGCAACCAUUGCCCUCUUUGGUAUGGAUAUGGCGGUGGACUAAAAUUUCUGGAAAGGUUUUCCUACAUUAACUCCAUCGUAUACCCUUGGACAUCCAUCCCGCUCUUGGCCUAUUGCACAUUGCCUGCUAUCUGCUUGCUGACAGGGAAAUUUAUUACGCCAGAGCUUAACAAUGUUGCCAGCCUCUGGUUCAUGUCACUUUUUAUCUGCAUUUUUGCUACGGGUAUCCUGGAAAUGAGAUGGAGUGGUGUAGGCAUCGAUGAUUGGUGGAGAAAUGAGCAGUUUUGGGUCAUUGGAGGUGUGUCUUCACAUCUCUUUGCCGUGUUCCAAGGACUUCUCAAGGUCAUAGCUGGUAUAGAUACGAGCUUCACUGUGACAUCAAAGGGUGGAGAUGACGAGGAGUUCUCAGAGCUGUACACAUUCAAAUGGACGACCCUUCUGAUACCUCCAACCACUCUGCUCCUCUUGAACUUCAUUGGAGUGGUGGCUGGUGUUUCCAAUGCAAUCAACAACGGAUAUGAAUCCUGGGGACCCCUCUUUGGGAAGCUCUUCUUUGCAUUUUGGGUGAUUGUCCAUCUCUACCCGUUCCUCAAGGGUUUGGUUGGGAGGCAGAACAGGACGCCAACAAUUGUCAUUGUCUGGUCGAUCCUCUUGGCUUCAAUCUUCUCGCUGCUCUGGGUCCGGAUCGAUCCUUUCCUUGCGAAGAACGAUGGUCCCCUCUUGGAGGAGUGUGGUUUGGAUUGCAACUAG